AUGGCUUCACGAAAUUUGGAUAUUGUGCAACGAAGUAAAAUUCUGGUGUAUCAUGAAGAAGGCUUUAAUAUAAGGCAAAUAUCAGAAAAGUUGGGAAUAACAAGAAAUACAGUACGACUAUGGAUUCGACGUUAUGAAGAAGAAGGUCACCUACAAGAUCGACCCAGAAAGCGUCAACAACCAUACAUGAUAGGAGAAGAGGAUACCAGAAAUAUGUUGGCUAUUUAUGAAGCUCAACCAUUAACACCAACUCGAUUUUUCGCUCAGAAGUUUAAUUGUUCUCUUCGAACAGUAAGGAGAGCUCUAGAACGGGAAGGUAAAAUCUCUUCCAAAGUUAUUAUGACAGAAACUAAUAAAGCAGCAAGGUUGAAGUUUGCUAGAGAAUUUAGAGAUUAUAAUUUUUUCAAUGCAAUAUUUGUUGAUGAAAAGAGUUUUCUAUCAAGUUCACCUGGACGUCGACAUCCAUUACGAACAGAGAACAUCAAAUAUGAACCCCUCAAUGUAAACUCCAAAAAUAAAUAUACUCGUAUUGUAGCAAAUAUGUGUGGGUGGAUGAGUACUGCUGGGCCUGGGGAACUUACUGAUCUAAAUGGCAUGUCAGUGAAUGGAGAAAGCUAUGUAGACCUAAUGAGGGAUUCUAUAAUACCAACCAUAUGUACAGUAUAUCCAGAGCUUCCAGAAAUUAUGAUAUUUCAAGAAAGUAGUCCACUACAUACCUCUAAUGCUGUUAAAAGUUGGUUUCAAAAUCAGUCUAGAGUAAAAGUAAAUUUGUGGCCUAUAAAUUCUCCUGAUUUAAAUCCUUUUAAUUAUAUAUGGGCGACAAUGCUUCAGCGAUGGGAUAAUAAUAAUGAGAGGACAAGAGAAAUGCUUGUUACUCACUGCCACAAUGUAUGGGAGUCAAUGAGAGGCACAGAUUUAUGUGAAGGAUUAAUACAAUCAAUGAAAACACGGUGUGAUGCUGUAAUUGCAGCACAUGGGGCAGCUACAACAUAUUAG